AUGGCCCGAAGUUUCCAGGAAGAAGUGAUCUGCCCCAUCUGCCUGGACUACUUUUUCAGUCCCGUUUCUGUACCAUGUGGACACAUCUUCUGCCAUCCCUGUAUCGCCAAGUGGGCAAGGACCAGCCUAGAGGAGGUGUUUCCCUGCCCGGAAUGCAGAAGUAACUCCCAGAUGAUAAGCCUCCGGGCCAACAGGAGGUUGGAGAAGCUGUCAGAGAUCAUUAGGCAGUACAGUCCCCACCUGGAGAGGAGCCUGAGAAUGAUGGAUGGCCUCCAGAGGUUCAGGGUGGACAUGACCCUAGACGUGGACACGGCGAAUCCCUACCUGAUCCUGUCCGAGGACCGGAGGAGCGUGAGGUGCGGGACCGUACCCUGGAACGUCCCCAACAACCCGGAGAGGUUUUACGAUACCCCCUGUGUCCUGGGGGUCCCGAGCCUCACGUCCGGGGUCCACUACUGGGAGGUGGAGGUGGCCGGGAGGACCCAGUGGGACCUGGGGGUCUGCAGGGACUCUGUGAAUCGGAAGGGCAAGAUCGAACUGUCCCCCGCAGCCGGGUACUGGGUGUUGAGCCUGAGGGACGGGACCCAGUACUGGGCCUGUGGUGCCCACAGGAUCAACCUCCACAUGGUCCGGCCCCCGCUGCGGGUAGGGGUCUUCGUGGACGUGGAAGCCGGAGAUGUCACCUUCUACAACCUCACCGACGGGACCUACGUCUACACGUUUGCCAACGGCUCCUUCCGGGGGCCUCUGCGCCCUUUCUUCUGUUCCGGGAUAGAGAGGGAGAGCGAGGCAACCCUGAACAUCUGUCCGGUGUAG